GAACGAGCAUACGCAGUCAUAACAAGAAAACGUCAAUAACAACAUCUGUUCUUGCCGUCGUGUAAAUAUUGAAUUGUUUUGUCUUUGUUCUACAAAUUUAACCAAAAUGAUUGCCGGUGGGCACGGUGAUCCGAACCCCAACAGCUCUUGGAUGGAUUCACGUGGUCUCUGGUUGGCGUACGUGCUGGGUAUUACCAUAUUUCACGUCAUUAUGCUGGCAGUGCCAUUCAUUAAUAUUCCCUAUGCUUGGACAAUUACGAAUAUUACACAUAAUUUGGCUCAUCUUUACUUCUUACAUUCGAUAAAAGGCACUCCUUGGAUGAGCAUAGAUACAGGUGAUUCUCGUAAAUACACUCACUGGGAACAGAUUAACUAUGGAGAACAAUUCACAACUACAAGAAAGUUUUUAACAGCGGCACCAAUUAUACUGUUUUUGCUCACCUGCAUUUAUACAAGGAAUGACAUCGAUCAUUUCGUGGCUAACUUCUUUUCGCUGGUGGUGGUGUUAAUUCCCAAAUUACCACAGUUUCACGGAGUACGACUUUUCGGAAUCAAUAAGUACUAAUUUCGCCGGCAUCGAUAUCAAUGGAACAGAAUUCACCGAAUCGACUCGCUUUCGACCUUUUUUACUAAAUGACACAGAGAACAAUGUAUUACAUGUGGCACACCGUCGUUUAUGAAUUCUGAAAUAACGAUAACCCAACUAGUAGCUAGAAGCAAUAGAUGUGCUAUGUUGCUAUUGCAUGUAGUCGUUUUACAAAAAGAAAAAAUAAAGAUAAUCUCACUAGAACCUUUGCUUGAAAAACAAAUUAGGAAACACUGAGGCUGAUGAUUAUAAACUGAUCAAUUACAUACUGUAUGAUAUUGUAGUAAACAGCAAAUCUGAACUUUUUAUUGGUGAUAAAAAUAAAGAGGAUUUAUUAUUCAAAA